CUUGUUACUUCUUCACGGUUAACACUCGAAAGGAUUGGUCAACAAACUGAAAAACAAAGCGACUACGAGAGUGUGGGGAAGAUAAGGAAGGAGGGAGAAAUAAAAGUAAAGGAAUGGCGGACCGGAGUCUUGAUACCAUGUCCAUUCCACUGGAGGUGCGAGCCAGGCUGGCGGAACUGGAGCUGGAACUCUCUGAAGGUGACAUCACACAGAAGGGCUAUGAAAAGAAAAGAUCAAAGUUACUUGGGGCCUACCUGCCGCAGCCUCCAGAGAGAUCCAGGCUGAGCCAUCACCCAAGAACCCACAAAAACUGCAGGCCUGGUAAAAUGAAUGGAGUGGAGCAGUCUUUGUCCCAAGAACGUCGAACACCUGUUACCCCUUCUUCCUCUGCCAGAUACCAUCGUAGGAGAUCAUCGGGUUCACGAGAUGAACGCUAUAGAUCAGAUGUUCAUACAGAAGCAGUUCAAGCUGCUUUGGCCAAGCAUAAAGAAAGGAAAAUGGCAGUGCCUAUGCCUUCAAAACGACGCUCACUGGUGGUACAGACCUCAAUGGAUGCCUAUACACCUCCAGACACUUCAUCUGGUUCAGAAGAUGAAGGUUCGGUGCAAGGGGACUCGCAGGGCACUCCCACUUCAAGUCAGGGUAGCAUAAACAUGGAACACUGGAUUAGCCGUGCAAUCCAUGGCUCUACGACGUCGUCCACCACUUCCUCUUCAUCGGCACAUAGCGGUGGGAGCAGUGCUGCCAACAGGCUAGCUGAUGUUAUGGCACAAACUCAUAUUGAUACUGUACCUCAGCUGGAAUGUGAGAGCAGAGGGAUGGAACUCGGAGGUGGCCUUUUUAUAGUAAGAGAACGUAUACCUGAAGAAAACCAUUCGGCCCCUCCAGAUGUUACCACAUAUACUUCAGAACACACUAUGCAGGUGGAACGACAGCAGGGUUCUACACCAAGGGCGGCACCAAAGUAUGGCAAUGCUGAACUUAUGGAAACUGGGGAUGGAGUGCCAGUGAGUAGCAGAGUAUCAGCAAAAAUUCAGCAACUUGUUAACACCUUAAAGAGGCCCAAACGUCCGCCAUUAAGAGAAUUUUUUGUUGAUGAUUUUGAAGAACUUCUUGAAGUGCAACAGCCGGAUCCGAACCAACCCAAGCCAGAGGGGGCGCAGAUGCUACCUAUGAGGGGAGAGCAACUAGGUGUAGUAACCAACUGGCCACCUUCCCUUGAAGCUGCAUUGCAGAGAUGGGGGACCAUUUCUCCCAAAGCUCCAUGUCUGACCACUAUGGAUACAAAUGGGAAACCACUAUACAUUCUCACUUAUGGGAAACUGUGGACCAGAAGUAUGAAAGUAGCUUACAAUAUACUUCAUAAAUUAGGCACAAAACAAGAACCUAUGGUCAGACCUGGAGACAGGGUUGCACUUGUUUUUCCUAAUAAUGACCCUGCUGCAUUUAUGGUUGCUUUUUAUGGCUGCUUACUUGCGGAGGUUGUACCUGUGCCCAUUGAAGUGCCACUAACGAGAAAGGAUGCAGGAAGCCAGCAGAUUGGAUUUCUUUUGGGGAGCUGUGGUGUGACUGUAGCUUUGACAAGUGAUGCUUGUCAUAAAGGACUACCCAAGAGUCCAACAGGGGAAAUACCACAGUUUAAAGGUUGGCCAAAACUACUUUGGUUUGUUACUGAAUCCAAGCACUUAUCAAAGCCUCCACGUGACUGGUUCCCACACAUUAAAGAUGCAAAUAAUGACACAGCUUACAUUGAAUACAAAACAUGCAAAGAUGGUAGUGUGCUGGGAGUGACUGUAACGAGAAUUGCACUGCUAACACACUGUCAGGCUCUCACCCAGGCUUGUGGAUACACUGAAGCUGAAACCAUUGUGAAUGUAUUAGAUUUCAAGAAGGAUGUUGGCCUGUGGCAUGGUAUUCUGACGAGUGUCAUGAACAUGAUGCAUGUCAUCAGCAUACCUUAUUCCUUAAUGAAGGUCAACCCUAUUUCGUGGAUACAGAAGGUGUGUCAGUAUAAAGCAAAAGUUGCAUGUGUAAAAUCGAGGGAUAUGCACUGGGCUCUUGUAGCACAUCGAGACCAGAGAGACAUCAAUCUGUCCUCCUUGCGUAUGUUAAUAGUGGCUGAUGGCGCAAACCCUUGGUCUAUUUCUUCCUGUGAUGCAUUCCUCAAUGUCUUCCAGAGCAAAGGUCUGCGGCAGGAGGUCAUUUGUCCAUGUGCUAGUUCACCUGAAGCCUUAACUGUGGCUAUAAGAAGGCCAACAGAUGACAGCAAUCAACCGCCUGGCAGGGGAGUUCUUUCCAUGCAUGGUCUCACUUACGGGGUAAUCAGAGUGGACUCGGAAGAAAAGCUGUCUGUUCUGACAGUACAAGAUGUUGGCUUGGUGAUGCCAGGAGCUAUAAUUUGUUCUGUGAAACCGGAUGGAGUUCCUCAGCUGUGUAGAACAGAUGAGAUUGGAGAAAUCUGUGUGUGCUCCAUUGCCACGGGUACAUCCUAUUAUGGCCUCUCGGGCAUGACCAAGAACACAUUUGAAGUUUUUCCAAUGACCUGCUCGGGUGCUCCUAUAAGUGAGUACCCAUUCGUCAGGACUGGACUUUUAGGGUUUGUUGGUCCAGGAGGACUUGUCUUUGUUGUGGGAAAAAUGGAUGGACUGAUGGUAGUCAGUGGGCGAAGACACAAUGCUGAUGAUAUUGUAGCAACAGCACUAGCUGUGGAACCAAUGAAGUUUGUAUACAGAGGAAGAAUAGCUGUGUUUUCCGUAAAUGUCCUUCAUGAUGAAAGGAUAGUUAUCAUUGCAGAGCAAAGGCCUGAUUCAACGGAGGAGGACAGCUUUCAGUGGAUGAGCAGAGUUCUUCAGGCCAUUGACAGCAUUCAUCAAGUCGGAGUUUACUGUUUGGCACUCGUACCAGCAAACACCCUCCCCAAAACUCCACUUGGUGGAAUUCAUCUGUCAGAAACCAAACAGCUUUUCCUGGAAGGCUCACUUCACCCCUGUAAUGUGUUAAUGUGUCCGCACACCUGUGUAGUUAAUUUGCCGAAGCCAAGGCAAAAGCAGCCAGAAAUUGGCCCUGCCUCUGUGAUGGUGGGGAACCUCGUGUCCGGGAAGAGAAUUGCCCAAGCAAGUGGGCGAGAUCUUGGACAGAUAGAGGACAAUGAUCAGGCCAGAAAGAGAUUGGUGUCAAGCAGCACCACCACCAUUGCAUCCCCUUCAUCUGCCUGCUUGAUGUUUUUGUUCCUGUCAGAAGUUCUACAGUGGAGAGCACAGACUACUCCUGACCAUGUUCUGUUCACAUUGCUUAAUUCCAGGGGGACAAUAGCCAACUCCUUAACCUGUGUUCAGCUACAUAAACGAGCAGAAAAAAUUGCUGUGAUGUUGAUGGAGAGAGGGCAUCUACAAGAUGGGGACCAUGUUGCACUUGUCUACCCACCAGGAAUAGACUUGAUUGCAGCAUUUUAUGGGUGCCUUUAUGCAGGCUGUGUGCCAAUAACAGUCCGACCUCCACAUCCGCAGAAUAUCGCAACAACUUUGCCAACAGUGAAGAUGAUUGUAGAGGUUAGUCGAUCAGCGUGUAUAAUGACAACACAGCUAAUAUGUAAGCUACUUCGAUCGAGGGAGGCGGCAGCAGCAGUGGAUAUCAGGACGUGGCCUACAGUGUUAGAUACAGAUGAUUUGCCAAAGAAAAGACCAUCUCUAAUUUAUAAACCUUCAAAUCCUGACACAUUGGCAUAUCUAGAUUUCAGUGUGUCCACAACAGGAAUGCUAGCAGGGGUAAAGAUGUCUCAUGCAGCCACUAGUGCCUUUUGUCGAUCCAUUAAGCUGCAGUGUGAGCUUUACCCUUCUCGAGAAGUUGCAAUCUGCUUGGAUCCUUACUGUGGGCUUGGAUUUGUUCUUUGGUGCCUCUGCAGUGUAUAUUCAGGGCAUCAGUCGAUAUUGAUCCCUCCUGCAGAGUUGGAGACAAGUCCAGCCUUGUGGCUUCUUGCUGUCAGUCAGUACAAAGUUCGUGACACCUUCUGUUCUUAUUCAGUCAUGGAAUUGUGCACCAAGGGGCUGGGAUCACAAACAGAAUCUCUCAAGGGAAGGGGACUUGACCUAUCUCGUGUACGAACAUGUGUAGUAGUGGCAGAAGAACGACCUCGGAUAGCACUAACCCAAUCUUUUUCUAAAUUAUUUAAGGACCUGGGUCUGCAUCCGCGUGCUGUUAGUACCUCAUUUGGUUGUAGAGUUAAUUUAGCUAUUUGUCUACAGCCUCACAGGCUGGGGAAGCUGGCCGAGCAGGGAACAUCAGGACCAGAUCCCACUACUGUGUACGUGGAUAUGAGAGCAUUAAGACAUGACAGGGUGCGUUUAGUAGAAAGGGGAUCACCUCACAGUUUACCACUUAUGGAAUCAGGAAAAAUCCUUCCUGGUGUUCGCAUCAUCAUUGCGAAUCCUGAAACCAAAGGACCUCUAGGAGAUUCACAUCUUGGGGAGAUUUGGGUUCACAGUGCUCAUAAUGCCAGUGGAUACUUCACCAUCUAUGGAGACGAAUCUUUGCAGUCUGACCACUUUAACUCACGGCUCAGUUUUGGUGAUACUCAAACCAUUUGGGCACGAACGGGUUAUCUCGGGUUCCUGAGGAGAACAGAGCUGACAGAUGCUAGUGGAGAACGACAUGAUGCCCUGUAUGUUGUGGGUGCCUUGGAUGAAGCGAUGGAGUUGCGUGGAAUGCGAUACCAUCCUAUUGACAUCGAAACAUCUGUAAUACGCUCUCACAAGAGUAUAACUGAAUGUGCGGUGUUUACAUGGACGAACUUGCUUGUGGUUGUAGUGGAACUUGAUGGAUCAGAACAAGAGGCCUUGGACCUGGUUCCUUUGGUCACCAAUGUGGUGCUGGAGGAACAUUACCUUAUUGUAGGAGUAGUUGUGGUUGUGGACAUUGGUGUAAUUCCUAUAAACUCCCGUGGAGAGAAACAGCGUAUGCACCUACGAGAUGGGUUUUUGGCGGAUCAGUUAGAUCCUAUUUACGUGGCCUACAAUAUGUAGCCUCACAUCUUUAAGGCUUCCAUGGACUGCACUGUAGAUGUAAAUAAUUUUUUUUUUUUUUGUGUCCACUACAUUUGUGCAGAUAAGAGGGCAACACUUAUAAACAUGGACCUCUCAGCUGUUAUGAACUUAAAGAAGCACUCAUGAUUGGCAAAAACUCAAAAUGUGAAAUUUGUACUUUUACCACUAAAUUUCAUCACAGAAGAGCAACGGGAAUAAUCUUCAAAUAUGGAAAAGCCCAUUUUAGAACUUUCCUUGCUUAAUAGAUACUGCUUUGAGUAAGUGUGGCUUUGUAUUUUGUUAUGUUAGCUAAAGUUGCUCUUUUUUUUAAUCUGCCCUCCAAGGGGGUUCUUUUUAAUAUUUUACAUACUGUGGCAAAGAGAUGUUUUAAGUUGUUUGUUUACUGUUUUUUAACUUGUUCUAAAAUGUUGCAAACAUGACUCUGUUAAUCUGUUACUGAUGUAAAGCAUUUUGGCAUCCCAUCCUUUUCAGGAAAAAAUAAUGGUACGAGGUAAGGUAAUUGGUCCAAUUUGCAAUUUGCACCUUGACCUUUAAAUCAGUGGUGCAUGUUUUGAUUUUAUUUUAUUUUAUUUUAUUUUAUUUUAUCUUUCAGAAGGAGUUGCAGUCAAAAGAAAAAAAAUGUCUCCUAUUGUUGUAGACUAAAGACAAAUGAUAGAGUAUAUUUCGGCUUUUUUAUUGUGUUCAGUAUCACUGUACUAAAACACUAAGUUAAAACUUCAUAUCAUGUAAUUAUGUACAAAAUGUUUAAUUUAUUUUGAUCUGUUUAGAAAUAUAAAAUAAGACAUUUCAAGAAUGUUUAACUCUUGUAAUGUUUGCUAAUAUAAAACAAAGUGUUGUAUUAUCUUGAAUGGAUAGUAUCACAUCAGAUUAUAUAUAUAUAAAAUAUAUGAAUUCACCACUUCAGAAAAAAUUUAAAUGCAGUACUUGUCACUUGCACAGUGUCUCCCACAAUAGGUAAAAAGAGAAGUGUUAAAAUUCACAGAGUUAAUUUUAAAUAUGCAAUGUUAGAUUGCUGAGGGAUUCCCUAUUUACAAAUCCAGAAAUUGUUAAACAGAUUCCUGCAAGUACAAUUUGCUGUUUGCAGGUCAGGUAGAUACUGAAGGGUUAACGUGAAAUACACUGUAGGUGAUGCAGCUCUUCCUGUUGUCUUAUGACAAUGAGAUCUUUGCUGGCAUGUGCAGUCAGUUGUCGGAUUUAAGAAAAGACAGGUUGAAGAAGAAUGGUAUCUUUCAUACCAGUGAAACAACAUAUUCAUUUCAGUUUGUGGUGCCAAAAGGCCUAACAAUGUUGGUUUUCACUUUGGUCACUACAGUCACUUAAACCCGAAGAGUGUUAUAACUGCAUCAAGUUGUAUAGGAAUGUGGAAUGCUUAAUACAAGCAUGCUGUGUGACCUCAUCACAGCUGGCUGGCCGAAAAGGGAUUAAACAGGGUCAGUGUAACUUGCUGCUGUGGAUACCAUCUGUGUUUGCACUGUUGCAGCAGCGUCUAGCUAAUGUUAAGAUAUAAAAUGUUUUGGCACAUUUUAGGGCCACUCUUCUAUUUAAUGUACUAUGCUGAAUCCAUUCAGCAGCUAGACAGGCACUUUAUUAAGAAAAAAAAUAAAAUGUUGUGUAAUCAGCAAGUCACACUUCCUCAGUCAGUUGGGCACCAAGUCCACAUAAAAAUGUUACUACAAAUAUAAGGGGUUUGAGGUACCUGGACUUGUAUUGGUAAAGUGUGUUCAGAAACAAGAAAAAAAUCCAGUGGCUUGCAUGUGGUAUGUUUCUGGGCCCUAAACAUUCUGUUUUGGUUGCUAAGUAUGUUAAAGCAUGUAGAUGGGAUACUGCAAUGAUUCCAAUUCCAGUCACAGUAAUAAUGGUUCCUGUUAGGUUUAGCUUUGAAGACAUUUUUUGUUGCCAUUUCAGCCUAGCAGUUUUUCCUGUCGAUCAAGUUUUCAAACACCAUAGUGGUUUGGUGCAGUUGUAAUUGAAACCGUUGUUAAGCAACCUCAUCCGCAUCUUAUUGUCUGUGGUGGUAGACCUUAAACACAUUUUUUUUAACUAAAUUAAGUUUGUUUUGUUAUCACCCUAGAAGAAGAAGAUGUAGACCACCACUAGAUUCCAGCAAUAAUGAAGGAUUGUUCUGUAUAAGUUUGUACUGUAGGCAAAACCAUUCAUCAGAAUGUAUACAGGUGUUUGUCUUUGUGACUUUGUGUUUUUUGAAUUCUGAAAGAAACCAUAUUACUAAUUUGAUGCACAUGCACAAAACGGAGGGGUACACAAUGGACGUGUGAACACAAAUUUAAUCAAAACAGGAACAGAUUCCUCAUGGUGCUUGUUUAUGAUAUAUAUAAAUAUAUAUAUAUAUAUAUUUAAUCCUGCUUGACACUUUACCCAAGGGAAGACUGUCCCUUUUAUCAGUUGAAUGUUGGCAGCGUUAUUUCAUAGAGCGUGAUGACUGGUUAGAGAAACUAAUAUUCUUGACCAGUCACAAUUUAAAAAAAAAAAAUAGUAAAAAAUUUUUAUGUGCAACAGACAGCGACCUUUCUUGUAUGUUAAACCACCUGUACGCUUUGUACAUCUGUGAUAACGCCUGUUUUAUAUUCAAAUGAACAAAUAAAAGCUUUUAUUUUUGUUGCUCUGAA